AGUAACGGUUUCCACGGCAACCGCACAGUCAACGACGCUUAGCAAUCCGGAGUGAAAUAGGGUGUUUUCUUCCCGAGAGAGGACUGCUAAGAGGGGGUUAAAGGGGGACGAUGUGAAGGAGACAACCCGUGGUCUUUGAGAAGGCGAAGAAGUAAGAAAGGGGAAGCAGUGAAGAAAGGGACGGAGAUACUGGGACAGGGAGAAAAAAGUUGAGGAGAGUAGCUUUUAAGGAGUCAUUUGGUGGCCAUGGAUCCAACGUGCCCUUCAGAGUGUGUUUAUAACCUCAUUCCCAGUGACUUGAAGGAGCCUCCCCAGCCUCCUAGAUACAUAUCCAUUUUUAAGGCAACUGUAAAAGAUGACAUGCAAAAAGCUAAAACUGCAAUGAAAACUAUGGGACCAGCAAAAGUUGAAGUACCUUCUCCAAAGGAUUUCCUAAAGAAACAUUCAAAGGAAAAAACUCUACCACCCAAAAAAAAGUUUGAUCGGAACAUGCCCAAAAAGCCUGCUGUGCCAUUGAGGACUGAUCAUCCUGUCAUGGGAAUACAGAGUGGAAAAAAUUUUAUAAAUACAAAUGCAGCCGAUGUCAUCAUGGGAGUGGCUAAAAAGCCUAAACCAAUUUAUGUUGAUAAAAGAACUGGAGACAAGCAUGAUCUUGAGCUUUCAGGACUAGUUCCAAAGUACAUCAAUAAAAAGGAUUAUGGUGUCACACCUGAAUACAUAUGUAAGCGAAAUGAGGAAAUAAAGAAAGCCCAAGAAGACUAUGAUCGUCAUAUCCAGGAAAACCUUAAGAAAGCGGCUAUGAAAAGGCUCUCCGAUGAAGAAAGGGAGGCAGUUCUGCAGGGGCUGAAAAAGAAUUGGGAAGAGGUGCAUAAAGAAUUCCAGUCCCUCUCGGUCUUUAUAGAUUCCAUACCAAAGAAGAUCCGCAAGCAGAGGCUGGAAGAAGAAAUGAAACAACUAGAACACGACAUUGGCAUCAUUGAAAAGCACAAAAUUAUUUAUAUUGCCGAUAAGUAAGAAUGGAUCUUUAAAGUAUAACAAUUUCAAUGUGGGGGAGAAAACAUGGAAAAUAUAAAAAACUCCAAGUUUUUCAAAAAGGAAAAUAGUAUGAAGAGAAUAAAAAUAGUCUUAAUCAGAAUGCUUAGGCAAUGUGCAAAGAAUAAUUGGGUUACUUACACAAGAAGAAAUUUUGUUUUUACUAGUGUCACGUUUUCCACAUGUAAACUAUUAAAUUUGAGAAUAUGUGUUCCAGUUCCACAAUGUAAUUCAUUAUUAUUAUGUACUUGUUUCACAUAAACAUUAAUUUCUAGGUCCUGAAAAAUAAAGUCAACACUCAGAACUUCA